CUUUCUUCUUCUAAUGUGGAGAGAAAAAGAUAAAUUCUGAACUAGUGCAGCCAGUUCAGCUAUAAAGAACAGACCUAUUAACUUCCUGCUGCGCAGAAAAGCGGACGGAAGUGGAUAUGUAAAUUCAUAUACCUGUGUGCUCUUAUUUUUCAUCUCAUUUACUUCUUAGAAAAUUAAAAAGAUCAUCUUUAUUUUGCCAAUAGACCGAAGAAGAGGAAGUUAUUCAAACACGUUCGUGAACAGUGUUGACAUUAUUUUUAUAGUUGGGAUUGCACACACAUCGUGACAAUAACAUAUGAUAACGUAAAUUAUUAUUCGAUUCGAUUUUAUCAUGACUACCUAUCGAUUAAAGCCCUGUAUUCAGCUUCCUCUUUCGGAGGAGAAAUUGAGAGAAAGCAUAGAUAAAGCGAUAGAUUGGACCCUUAUGCACGGGAUAUCUAUGCGAUCCACGAAGAAUUAUAAUAAAGAUCAAGUACAACUACUACCAUUUACGCUGAUACCAUCGAGUUUUCCUGAGAAACCUUUUUUUACUGUAAAAAGUGUACAAGUUUUAUUAAAUGAACUUAUUUACAAGGUUGCCUAUGAUAAGGAAUUUCUUACAAAUAGUUUAAAAAGCACAAUCCAAGCCGAUCCAUUUACAGCAAAAUUGUUUCGCAUAUACGAGAUAGUAUACGAAGAAGGUUUUAGCCAGAGCAUAAGUCUUGGAUUACUAAGAUCAGAUUAUUUAUUACACGAUGAUAGCUGUAAGAUAAAGCAAGUUGAAAUAAAUACGGUAGCAACUAGCUUUGCUGCUUUGGCUACUGUUACAUCUCGAUAUCAUAGAUAUAUAUUAGGAGAAUUGGGAUAUACCAAGGAAGCAUGUGAACAAAUUCCAGAAAACAAUGCCAUUAUUGGGUUUUGUGAGGGACUGGUACAUGCAUGGGAAUUAUACAAUAAUACAGAAGCUAUUAUAUUGUUUAUUGUUGAGGAUGUGACUUAUAAUAUAUGUGAUCAAAGAUUUCACGAAUUUCAAAUUCGUCAGUUAUGUCCUAAGAUAAAGAUUAUUAGAAGAAGUUUAACAAGCUUAACAUUGGAGGAAGUAAAACUGGGACCAAAUAAGGAAUUAAUUGUUGCAAAUAUGAUAGUGGCUGUAGUUUAUUAUCGUUCUGGUUAUGAACUCGAAGCUUAUCCUACAGAAAAGGAAUGGGAUAUUAGAUUGUUAAUUGAACGUUCUCAAGCAAUAAAAUGUCCAUCAGUACAAUAUCAUUUAGCAGGCACUAAAAAAGUACAACAAUCUUUGACUCAAUCCAGUGUAUUGAAAAAAUUUCUAAAAGAUGAAACAUCUGUUGCUAGAGUGCAAGAAAUAUUUACUGGAUUAUAUACAUUAGACUUUAAUAAGGAUGGAGAAAAAGCAGUGGAAAUGGGUAUAAAUAAUCCAAACAAAUUUGUUCUCAAACCACAAAGAGAAGGAGGAGGAAAUAACAUAUAUAAUGAAGAUAUAAGGACAUGGUUGAGUUCGAUGAGAGACUCUCAGGAGAGGACGGCGUGGAUUCUCAUGGAUCGCAUUUUUCCCCCAUUACAAAAGAACUAUCUGAUACGUGCCGUUGAAGAACCGUCAAAAGAUAAUUUUGAUUUAUCGGAGGUUGUAACAGAACUUGGCGUAUAUGGAGUGAUAAUAGGGGAUAGCAAUAAUAUAAUACUAAAUAAACAAGUUGGACAUAUUUUAAGGACCAAAUCGUCGAGCGAAGACGAAGGCGGCAUAGUGGCAGGUAUUGGUGCCCUUGAUAGUCCCUAUCUAAUUAGUUGAAGUAAAAUUACUUCUACAGAGAGUAAUAUAUAUAUAUUAUAACAAAUAAUAUAGACUAUGUUAUUUAAA